AUGUGGAGGUCUCUUGAACUGGCGAGGUCUGAGCUACGAUUGGAGUUUACCCUCGCCUGUGGACAGACUUUUCGCUGGAGAGAGACCGCUGAGGGCCACUGGACUGGAGUGAUGGGAGGAAGAGUUUGGACUUUAACUCAACUGGACAACAGAUUAUGGUACUAUGUUUAUGACAGCCAACAAGACUCGACUCACAGAAAGUGGACAGAAGGAGAUUGUGGACCUGAAACCAAAUAUAAAGUGGAUGUAAAGGUUGAAGAAAAUGCUGACACAGAGGAGGAGAAGCUUCUGAGGGACUAUUUUCAGCUCCAUAUAAAUGUUGAGGAAUUGUACAAAGACUGGGGAGAGAGAGAUCCCCAUUUUAAAACGCUUGCUGACACAUUUUCAGGCGUGCGAAUGAUCCGGCAGGACCCAAUUGAAUGCUUGUUCUCGUUUAUCUGUUCGUCCAAUAACCACAUUUCUCGGAUUCAAGGGAUGGUGGAGCGGCUGUGCCAAAGACUGGGCAACAAGCUGUGUCAACUGGAUGAAACCUUUUACCACGACUUUCCCUCCCUCUCAACUCUAGCAGAGCCCAGUGUAGAGGCUUGUUUAAGGGAUCUUGGUUUUGGAUAUAGAGCCAAGUUCUUGCUGCAAAGUGCUAAGACGAUUCUUGACUCACAUGGACCUCAUUGGCUUAGCUCACUCAGAAAUGUCCCGUAUCACGAGGCCCGCGAUGCUCUUCGAACUCUCUCUGGAGUGGGAACUAAGGUGGCAGACUGUGUGUGUCUGAUGGCUCUGGAUAAGCACGAAGCUGUUCCCAUUGACACACAUGUUUGGCAGAUCGCAACGCGUGAUUAUAAGUUUGUUUCUAGUCACGGACAGAAGACCAUUACAGACAAACUUCACAGAGACAUUGGUGAUUUCUUCAGAAAACUGUGGGGUCCGUAUGCUGGAUGGGCACAAUCAGUGCUGUUUUGUUCUGACCUCAAGAAAUUUCAAAAUCUCAAAGGACGCCAGCAGAUUCGCUAUCAGGAGGAACGCACAAAGCAGGUCCUGCAGUGGAAGCAUGUCUUGACCGUCCAGAGACACCAGAGUAACCUCAGAGCCGGACCAUGGCGUCCACAUUUCUACUCGUCCUGGGCCUCUACCUCACUUCGCUCAUCUCUUCACAUUCACAGACUAUCCUCGGCACCUCCUCCUCCUUAG